UUUCCCAAGUCAUCACAGAGGUCAUAUAGAAAUCCGUCGUAGUACUUCGUCCGGUCGAAGCACCUAAAACAACGCAACGCCACAAACAAUAUGGCGAAAUUUCACCUUUAUUUGGCAUCAACCCUCUUUUUGGCUUGUAUGGCAAUAGCACAAACCACACUUGCUCCGGAAUUGUUGCCAUCCACCGAUGUCAAUCUGAUCAGAUUUGUAUAUUAUCCAACAACGAAUAAUCCAUUUGAAAUAGUUUACAACGAUUCGGAUUCUUUGGAAGCUUCCAAUCUUAUUCCUAAUGUUCCCACUAUUAUUCUGAUUGAUGGCUUUCUCUCUAAUUCUACAAACUCACUGAUGACCCAAAAUCUUAAAGCGACAUUUUUGUCAAAACCUGGCACGAAAAAUGUCAUAAUUGUGGACUGGGGUGCACUAUCGGGAGGUGACACGGGUCUCCUUGACCUCAGUGCCCUUCUUGCCACCACGAUGUACCCAAUCGUGUUGCUCAACGUUCCACCAGUGGGAAAAAGGGUGGCUGAAUUUAUUCAAUUCUUAAGUCUUAAAAAGGGGAUUUCGCAGUCGCAAGUAUGGAUUAUCGGGCACAGUUUGGGAUCCCACAUCGGUGGUUGUGCUGGUUCUUCCAGCAAGACGUUGUACAACCAAACGAUAAACCGAAUUACUGGCUUGGACCCUGCUGGGCCGCUUUAUUACUUGUCACUUUCAGAUAGUGACAUGAUUUACAAAACUAACGCGGGUUGGGUUGACAUUUAUCACACGGGUCGUGGUGGAUUGGGCGACUCCCGAACAAACUCUGGUAACAUUGACGUUUUUGUGAAUGGAGGUUCUAGUCAACCCGGGUGUGCAAACUUGUCCCCGUCAGAUCCACUACGCACAUGUGACCACUACUACUCUUGGAAGUAUUUUAAUGAUACCAUGACCUCUACAAAUUUGGUCGGUUGUCCGUGUCUCCCGACGCUCUUGUUCCCAACCUGCUUCUGUCAGAACAAUUGCAGUGCAAUCGGUACUUGCCCUAACGCUGCUCCCAUGGGAUACAAUGCAGUUUAUGGGACUAACGGAUACCUUUUCUCAAUUGAUACUAAUACCUACCAAUAAAUUCGUGUGAAUUGACAAUAUACAAUAAAAUGCGGCAUGCAAUUCUUUACAAAGUCUA